UUGAGCAAAAUAAUCUUCUUCCCUGUAAAAUCUCAGAUGGGAGUUGAGACUGGCAGCAUAGAAUGUUUCAUGGUCUGAAGCGAGAGACCAGAGCAGACCCGUGAUGAAGCUUUAGAGAAAUAUACUACAGACAGAUCCAAAAGCGUUACUUUGUCUCAAUUGCUCUUUCCUUCUCCAUUCUCUCAUUGCUAUUUACUCUGAUCUAUUCACGUUCACUCUCUUUUAUUUUUGCCGAGCUGCAUUUUCGUUUCGAACCGAGUUGUCUGGGUGGUGAUCUGUGUGGCGGUUUGAAUUUUGCUGCCAGGAGUUUAGCAAAACAAUGGCUGGAGGUGCUGCUGGGGGUUUUGUAACUCGAGCAUUCGAAUCACUGCUCAAAGAGUGUUCUUCUACCAAGAAGUAUCCCGAGCUACAGAAGGCUCUUCAGACGUACAUAGACGUUACUAAAGGUUUCAAUCAGAUACAGCAGGCUGCUCCAGGUGAGGCCAAUCAAGCAGCACCCUCUGCAGGAGAUGAGAGCGCGCUUGACACUGAAGCUGGAGCAACUAGAACAGAGGCAGAUCAGUCACAGAAGGGUGAACAUGUUAUUGAGGAGGCAGAGCCCGGUAGCAGGCCUAAGAGUGUAAAUAUUACUGCUAUUUUAGCUCAUGCUGGGCAUACUCUUGAUGGAGCUGAUGCGGAGCUUGUUUUGAAGCCACUCAGACUUUCCUUUGAGACAAAGAACUUGAAAAUUCUAGAACCUGCCUUAGACUGUCUACAUAAACUUAUUGCUUAUGAUCAUCUGGAGGGAGAUCCUGGGUUAGAUGGUGGUAAAAAUGCCCCACUUUUUACAGACAUUCUGAACAUGGUUUGCAGUUCUAUCGACAAUUCUUCACCUGACAGUACUGUACUCCAAGUGCUGAAGGUACUUCUUACUGCUGUGGCCUCCGCAAAGUUCAGAGUGCAUGGGGAACCGUUGCUGGGAGUUAUUCGAGUAUGCUACAAUAUUGCUCUUAACAGCAAGAGUCCUAUAAACCAAGCAACAGCGAAGGCAAUGUUGACACAGAUGAUUAGCAUCACUUUUAGGAGAAUGGAAACUGAUCUGGUUGAAUCUUUAUCUGGUUCUGGUUUACCUUCAGAGGAUGCUUCAGCAGAGAAUUUGAACACAAAAACUGAGGAAACUUCCAUGGGGGAUUCAAAUGACAAGGAAAUGACUCUAGGCGAUGCACUUAGCCAAAUAAAGGAGGCGUCUCCAACAUCGCUUGAGGAACUUCAAAAUCUUGCUGGUGGUGCUGAUAUCAAGGGCUUAGAGGCUGUACUUGACAAGGCUGUGCAUAUUGAAGAUGGUAAAAAGAUAAUCCGAGGAAUUGAUCUGGAGAGCAUGGGUAUUGCACAACGUGAUGCUCUGCUGGUCUUCCGCACUCUUUGCAAGAUGUGUAUGAAGGAAGAUAGUGAUGAAGUUACAACCAGAACACGAAUAUUGUCUCUUGAACUUCUGCAGGGUUUGUUGGAAGGAGUUAGCCAUUCAUUUACAAAGAACUUUCAUUUUAUUGAUUCAGUAAAGGCUUAUCUUUCAUAUGCAUUAUUGCGAGCUUCAGUUUCACAAUCCCCUGUCAUAUUUCAGUAUGCUACCGGAAUAUUCUCUGUCCUGUUACUGCGAUUCAGGGAGAGCCUCAAAGGGGAAAUAGGCAUAUUCUUUCCCUUGAUAGUUCUAAGACCACUUGAUGGUUCAGAAUUUUCAGUCAACCUAAAACUAAGUGUUCUUCGGAUGUUAGAGAAAGUAAGUAAGGAUCCACAGAUGCUUGUUGACAUUUUUGUUAACUAUGAUUGUGAUCUUGAGGCACCAAACUUGUUUGAACGAAUGGUUACAUCUCUAUCCAAAAUAGCUCAAGGGAUUCAAAAUACUGAUCCUAAUUCGGUUGCUGCAUCUCAAUCAUCUUCAGUUAAAGGCGCAUCACUUCAAGGUCUAGUAAAUGUUCUUAAAUCACUGGUUGAUUGGGAGAAAUCACAUAAGGAAUCAGAGAAGUUAGGAAAGGGUGACCUGCAUGAGGGGAUUUCUGCUGGCGAUUCUGUGGAAAUGAGAUCCAGGGAUGAUGCAACCAGUGAUUUUGAGAAGGCAAAGGCUCAUAAAACCACAUUGGAGGCUGCUGUUGCUGAGUUCAACAGGAAACCAGUGAAAGGGGUGGAGUAUCUAAUAUCAAAUAAGUUGGUAGAAAAUGCACCUGCUUCGGUUGCUCAAUUUUUGAAAACCGCUCCAAAUCUGGACAAGGUUACUAUUGGUGAUUAUUUAGGUCAGCAUGAAGAGUUUCCCCUUGCUGUGAUGCAUGCUUAUGUAGAUUCCAUGAACUUCUCUGGAAUGAAGUUUGAUUCAGCCAUCCGUGAGUUUCUCAAAGGGUUCCGACUUCCAGGUGAAGCUCAAAAGAUAGACCGAAUCAUGGAAAAGUUUGCAGAGAGAUAUUGUGCAGAUAAUCCUGGUCUUUUUAAAAAUGCAGAUACAGCAUAUGUUCUUGCAUAUGCUGUUAUUAUGUUGAAUACUGAUGCGCACAAUCCAAUGGUGUGGCCUAAAAUGUCCAAGUCAGAUUUUAUACGUAUUAAUGCCAUGAAUGAUGCUGAAGAAUGUGCUCCUACAGAAAUGCUGGAAGACAUCUAUGAUUCCAUUGUCAAAGAAGAGAUUAAAAUGAAAGAUGAUGCAUCUGUUAUUGGAAAAAGCAGUAAGCAAAAGCCAGAGAGUGAAGAGGGACGUCUUGUCAGUAUUCUUAAUCUGGCUCUCCCCAAAAGGAUGUCAUCAGCAGAUGCCAAAGCGGAGAGUGAAGAAAUUGUUAAGAAAACACAGGCUAUAUUCAGAAAUAAGGGUGUUAAAAAGGGGGUAUUUUACACUUCUCGGCAGAUUGAACUUGUAAGGCCCAUGGUAGAAGCUGUUGGUUGGCCGUUGCUUGCUACGUUCUCUGUGACUAUGGAAGAAGGUGACAAUAAGCCUCGUGUUGUUCUAUGCAUGGAGGGUUUUAAAGCUGGCAUUCAUAUUACAUAUGUGCUUGGAAUGGAUACCAUGCGCUAUGCAUUUUUAACAUCUCUGGUCAGGUUUACUUUCUUACAUGCCCCAAAGGAUAUGCGUAGUAAAAAUGUGGAAGCCAUGCGGACACUGUUGGCUCUUUGUGACUCAGACACAGGUGCCCUUCAAGACACAUGGAAUGCAGUUCUGGAAUGUGUUUCUCGCCUUGAAUUCAUAGUAUCAACUCCAACAAUAUCUGCCACUGUGAUGCUUGGAUCCAAUCAAAUCUCCAGGGAUGCUGUAGUUCAAUCUCUAAAGGAGUUGGCUGGAAAACCCGCUGAAAAAGUAUUUCUUAAUAGUGUUAAGCUACCUGGUGAUUCAGUUGUGGAAUUCUUCAAUGCUCUUUGUGGUGUAUCAGCUGAAGAACUAAAACAAACACCAGCUCGUGUUUUUAGCCUUCAAAAACUUGUUGAAAUCAGCUAUUACAAUAUGGCUCGUAUACGUAUGGUCUGGGCUAGAAUAUGGCAUGUUCUGGCGAAUCACUUCAUAUCAGCUGGGAGUCAUCAUGAUGAGAAAAUUGCUAUGUAUGCCAUAGAUUCUCUAAGACAGCUAAGCAUGAAGUAUUUGGAGCGUGAUGAGCUGGCCAAUUUCACCUUCCAAAAUGACAUUCUCAAACCGUUUGUUGUCCUCAUGCGUAAUAGUCAAAGUGAAUCCUUAAGGAGCCUGAUUGUUGACUGCAUUGUUCAGAUGAUCAAAUCUAAGGUUGGAAGCAUCAAGUCUGGAUGGCGUAGUGUCUUUAUGAUUUUUACAGCUGCUGCUGAUGAUGAAUUGGAAUCAAUUGUUGAGAGUGCAUUUGAGAACGUUGAGCAGGUUAUCUUGGAACACUUUGAUCAAGUAGUUGGGGAUUGUUUCAUGGACUGCGUAAAUUGUCUAAUUAGGUUUGCCAACAACAAGGUUUCACAUCGUAUAAGUUUGAAGGCCAUAGCACUCCUGCGUAUUUGUGAGGAUCGCCUUGCAGAGGGUCUUAUUCCUGGAGGUGCUUUGAAGCCAAUUAAUGCAGAAGUAGAUCCAACUUUUGAUGUGACUGAGCAUUAUUGGUUUCCAAUGUUGGCUGGCUUGUCUGAUCUAACAUCAGAUAUGAGACCAGAGGUGAGAAACUGUGCGCUUGAAGUCCUGUUUGAUUUACUCAAUGAAAGAGGCAGCAAGUUCUCUUCAUCAUUUUGGGAGAAUAUAUUCCAUCGUGUUCUAUUUCCCAUUUUUGAUCAUGUGAGACAAGCUGGAAAGGAGGGCAUUGUUUCUUCCGAUGAUGAAUGGCUCCGUGAAACAAUUAUACAUUCACUUCAGCUGCUCUGCAACCUUUUCAACACUUUCUACAAGGAGGUUUGUUUUAUGCUGCCACCUUUGCUGGCUUUGCUGUUAGAUUGUGCCAAAAAGCCAGAUCAAACUGUGGUUUCAAUAUCUCUUGGUGCCUUGGUUCAUCUAAUUGAAGUUGGGGGACAUCAGUUUAGUGAAGCUGACUGGGAGACACUGCUGAAAAGCAUAAGUGAUGCUGCAUAUACAACGCAACCACUUGAGCUGCUUAAUACCUUCAGCAUUGAAAAUAUGAGAAAUUAUGGAGGCAUAGAUAGAUCAGAUACCAGUGCAGGUGAUGGUCUUACUGUAAAGUCUAUUGACAAUGAGGCAGUGGGUGUCCGUCAGCUUAAUGUCAAUGAUAACGGAAAGCUAUUCCCUCAAGCUUACUCAAAUAUAAAUGUUGAUGGAGUUGAAGGUUUAGGAUCGCAGACAAAUUCAGACCGAUCUGAAGGCCUUCCUUCACCAUCUGGAAGGUCUCCCAGACCGGCAGAUGUUGCAGGCCUCAAGCGGAAUCAAACAUUAGGUCAACGUAUUAUGGGAAAUAUGAUGGACAAUCUCUUUCUCAGAAAUCUUACUUCCAAAUCUCAAAGCCGACCUUCAGAUGCUUCUCAACCUCCUUCUCCAGCUAUGGUUACUGAUGCUGUAGAACCUGAUACCAAGGAUGAAGAGAGUCCUUUGCUAGUUACUGUCAGGGGAAAGUGCAUUACUCAAUUACUUCUUCUUGGCGCAAUCGAUGGUAUUCAGAAAAAAUACUGGAGCAAGUUAAAAGCACAGCAGAAAAUUGCUGUCACGGACAUUCUGGUGUCUCUGUUGGAGUUUGCUGCUUCAUAUAACUCAUCCGCCAACCUUAGAACUCGGAUGCACCAGAUUCCCGAGGAUAGGCCACCCGUCAAUCUUCUCCGCCAGGAAUUAACUGGUACUAGCAUAUAUUUGGAAAUCUUACAGAAAUCGACUUAUGGAUUUGAUACAAACAGAGAGAAGAACCUGCAGUCUGACAGCUUUCAGCAUGCUGAUAGUAAAGUGGAUGAUGGCUCCAGCAUUGCUCAGCAUUCUGAGGUUGAAGAGAAAUUUGAAAGAAUAGCUGAGGAGAAACUGGUUUCUUUCUGUGAACUGGUACUGAGGGAGGCAUCUGAGCUCCAAUCUAGUGCUGGAGAAACCCCCAACAUGGAUAUUCAUCGUGUCUUGGAGCUGCGUGCUCCUAUCAUAGUGAAGGUGCUUAAAAACAUGUGUUAUAUGAAUAAUAAGAUUUUCAGAAGACACCUCAGAGAUUUCUAUCCCUUGCUGACGAAGCUUGUAUGCUGCGACCAGAUGGACAUUCGGGGAGCCCUCGGUGAUCUAUUUCAAGCACAAUUGAAAGCACUCUUACCAUAGCUACUUCUAAAUGUCACUGAUUAUCAGACGAUCCGUUUCAGCACUUUGGCCUCCCACUCUCUUCGACCUGGAACGGGAAAUACUAUUCAAUUUUCUUUGACCUGGAAACGGGAAAUAUUGUAUUCUUUUGCAUUUAAUCUUCGACAUCAGUCUGAAAAGAAAAUCUUCUAUAGGUAAUUAAUUUUGUGUUGGCCUAGCCGUAGGAGUUCUAUAGAAGACCGGCAAUACAAAUGUAAUAGUCAUUUUCUUCAUCUAUCUCGCAAUAGCAGUUCGCCCAGGUCCAGUUGUUUGUGCAGUGUAGUGUUUGAACAUUAGCAUAAAUUCUGAUUCAGAACAUGUGGAACCAGUUUUUGGUUGUUGUAUCAUAAUAGUUGUGUACCCUGUUAAACCCUUGUAUUCAUGAGAUGUCAAAUACUUAGUUUUCUUAAAUCAUUCAAGAAAACAAAGGGAGCAUUUUCCUGUU